UUAAGAAUGUAAAAAGCCAUUUCUUUUCCUGACUUUAUGCCAUUUCACGUUAUCUGCCACAAUGCCGCAGUUUAUAGCUUCAGACAGACGCAUAUGUUCUUCAUUCAGUCAUAUCUCUACCUGUCUCUACAUUCAGCGCACUCGUGUCUUCACGGUGUAUGCGCAGUGGUGCUAGCUAGCAGUUUCGCUUUUGCGCUUACCGACAAGUUCGCUGUACCGGCAGUAUCACCAGUGUUCUGUGGUAUCACCAGUAUCACACUUGGAGCUGCACCCCAAAUGUGUGGCCAGCCUGAAAAUGAAUUUCCCGCCUUAUGUGGAGGCCUUCGACAGCACUUCAGACACAGAAUUCAUUGAAGCACAGCUGAGGGCAUGCCUGUACCAGUGCAAGCAGCUGGAAUUGGAUAGUAAUGCUGGUGAACAGCAGUUGUGGAUCAACGACCUUGCGCAGUUGCUCAGCCACACUGGCUUCCUGUCACACCAAAGCCAUUCAGUCCGACUGAUGACGGCACAUUGCCAUGUCUAUAUCAUGCUGUCAACAAUCAACAAUGUACCAUACAGUUGCAGCAGCCUCGUGGAUGUGCUGCAAUCGCUGGUGGAUCAGCUCGCCUUGCUGCGCAAUCCAUCAAGUUCAGUAUAUGGAGAGCGCCUUGAAAUGUUCCAGACAAUAGGCCAUGGAAGAUUGUUCAUUCGUAUGCAUCCAAAAGUGCUGCAGUUUGGUGCUAUUGUUUACAACCUGUUGGUUGUCCUCUAUGAUGUCGUCAGCCGCAACAUUGGCCUCAUUUCUGAAGUCUGGCAGUUUCUCUCGCCAAUACUGAAUAACCUUGAGUCACCAGAAAAGACAGUGGACUUCAUCUUUGCACACCUAAUUCCACCUUUAAAGAAAAAGGAGCCAUUCUGCUACACUGUUUCAAAAGAACUGGUGCGCAAUGCAUCUCCGUCACUGCAGGCGACUGUGGACAAGCUGCUGCAAGGCUAUGUGUGCAAGCCUGUGCAUACGGAUUCUGAUUCUGUAUCCAUGGAUACAUCAGUCGGCCUCCUUCAUGAAGUGAUCCGUGUCUGCCCUAUGGCCGCCUCACUUGCCUUCUGCCAACUUGCUCGGAUGACUGAGUCUCAGGACGCUGAUGAACGGCUUUUAGCUGUGGAGUCACUGUCCUACUUGGCAUCACGAAAAUCGCUCAGCAUGGCUCCUGGUGGCAGGUACAUGUGCCAAUUAUACUUAAAAAGGUGCACCGACAGCUCCCCUCGCAUCCAAGAAGCAUGUUUGAAGCAUUCAUCAAGCUUCCUGUGUUGUCCUGAAUUUGCUGAAGAUGUGCUUGAGGCUUUAACACAAAUACAGGCAAGCUGUGGGAUCACGGUGAGGCAGAUCGUUAUCACAUCAGUCACAAAGGCUGCUCUGAAGGACUCUGCUAUCAUCACAGACAAACUGAUUGCCCUCCUCACAGCUAACACUCACUAUGCCUCCUUCCAAGUUCGCCAGGAAGCCAUUUCUUGCCUUGGCAAACUGUACAGGAGCAUAGCAAUGGACCGAGUGUGCCCUCGGAAGCUCAUUUGUAAAAUUGCCAAUGUCAUCCUGGAGGCAUAUCAGACUAAGAAUACCUGUGACCGCAUGGUUGUGGAGCAGACAUACGCUCAGCAUCUUGUACCAUUAUUGCUGUCAACUUCAUACCGCAUGGAGCUUCUAUACACCCUCUACUGUAACCUCGAAGCAAAAGCACUGAGGUCAUUUAUGUGUCUGCAUGAGAAUGUGCAGCAAGCACAGUUAAAGCUUAGGAGCAUUUUAGAUCAAGUGUCAACAGUACUUACAAGCACACCCAGAAGCAUUGGCUCUAGAGGCACACAGCUCAUAGAUGAGCUAAGGAAAGACAGGGUUGCAUGUGGCAACUUACUCGAUGCACUGAGCCACCAGAAAUCAUCAGACAUUGCUUCCAGUCGGGAUGCAAUACUGAAGAGCCUCAGAGACAGAAGAAGUAAAGCUUUGGCCGAUGCGGAGAAGCUUUUCUGGACAGCUACAUCAGCUGCACUGAGUGAAGAUGAGGUUGAUCAGCUUUUGGCUCAUGUUUCAGAGCAGAAACCUGCACUUCAUUAUUCCUACACAACCAAAGAGCUGCAGCUAUUCAAGGUUCUGUCAAAGGCGUUCCCAUUGUCUUGUAGUGAGCUCACCUACAUUUUAGCAUCUGCUGGUGAUGUGGGGCAAAGUGAUGUCAGCUCAGAAGAUGAAUAGAUUUGCUAAUAGCCUUCACAGUUCAACACUUAUGACAUCCAGUUUUCGAGACCUUCAUGCUGAAGACAACUUGCGGAAUGUACAAGUGCAUGUGCAAGUUAAUUUGAGUAACAUGCUCUUCUUAAUGUGCUUCUGACUGCAUGCUGUGUGUGCUGAGUUCGCUGACAGUGCCAAAGAUGAAAAAUAAUUUCAAUGAGCUGCAAUUUUCUCUAAACAUGUACCAACCAGCAAAAAAGCUGAAUGAUAUGCUACCUUAAAACUGCAGCUGAAUGGACAACUUCUACAAGAACUAAACGGGUGCCGCAAUAAGUUGAAGGUAUCAUUGACAGUCAAUGAAAAUAGUGGAUUCAGUGCAAUUUACAAAGCUCUAGUAAAAGGAAAUCCAGUUCCCAAAAUAUGGACACUGCUUGUUUUGAACUCUGAGAAAGAGUACUUGAAAGUGGGACAAUUUAUUUUCUCCUUGUAUGUUUUUGUGCAAAUGCAAGGUAUAGAAUUAGUUUUGCACAAAAUGAUGACCUUAAUUAAAUCUAGGGUGAAUACUGCCCACAUAUUUCUAUUUUCAUAUUUAAUGCUAUCUGUUACCACUGUAGUACCAAAGCCAGUGUACUAGUUAUUCAGAGUACUUUACUUUUUCAUAGAGAUUUGCAUUAGUUUUGUGCAAGGCUGUAAGCUUGCAGGCUAUUUCACCAAAUGUUUUAGAUGGUCCAACUACAUUGCUUAUUUACUGACUUACAGCACCACCAGCAUGCUGUCAGGAACUGUUACACAUGCAAUAAAGUCAUUCAUGUUAUAAGGAAACAGAAAUUUGUUCAUUUGGAAGUAGCUGCAAGCGUCUUUUUUUUUUAUGCCAAUUGUCAGCAUCCUUUACUUACCCACUAUCAUUGGCUCCGUUACUAUGCAUAGCAAGCUGCCUAAAUCAUCAUCACCCUGUCUUUGCAGCUGCUGAACAAUUGUGUUCAGCACAAUACAGCUGACUGAUGCAGUUUACGUGCGAGAUUGGUUCAAAUCAUGCAUAGCUUUUAAUUAAAUUAAUAGUUUAACAAGGGCAGGGCUUUCUAACAUGUUCAAAUUAAAAGCAAUGGCCAAUAAUGUCGCAUCUUCAUGAUCAAGAUGAUCUUCAUCCUUUGACUUGGAGUUGAGGAAAGCAGUAAACCAGGCAAGUUUGUUUUGAUUCAUUCUAGAAAGCAUGCAUAAAAUGGAGAAAGUAGUAAAGGAAGACAGGACAUGUGCAUGAAGACAGGACACUCGCACGUCCCAUGUGUCCAGUUUUCCUCUACUUCCUAGUGCACUUUAUGUGCAUUUUCUAGGAAUGAAUCCUCCAAUGCAUUCUAGGCACAUUUCAGUAUCAAUGAGCAUAUGGUUUUGAGAAGUGCAGACCCCACAUUUUUGGGCUACGA